GUGCAUUGCAAGAGAGGCUUCAACGCACACGACUCAGACACGAGUGUGGAGAUCAGCAUGGUGCAGCUUUCUCCUUCCCAGAGUCCAAGUGUCGCCCCUCCAUCCGAAUGCACAGAAGAGGGGCAGGAAAGACAGGAGAACCUGCUGGUGGCUGAUCAUCACCCGACGGUGUGCCCACCCGGUCUCCUUGCCCUGCAGCUCAGCCUGGAGACCUCCACUGUCUACUAUGGCUAUGAAUCCUAUAUUGAAGAUGGGCUCAUCUGCCUCAAACACAAAGUCCGCAAUUUGGAGAAAAAGAAGCUGAAACUUAAAGACUACAAGAAGAGGUUGAACUGGGGUGAGGAACUUAACAAGGAUCAGAAGGAGGCUGUUGAAAAGUACGAGGAGGUGCUGCAUAAUCUGGCAUUUGCACAGGAGCUCCACAAAAGCCUGGAUGUCUUGACUCAGGAUUUGCUGAGAGCCCAGAAGAAGGCAAUGAGAAAGGAGCAAGUGGUGAAGGAGGAGACUGAGAGGAGGCAACUGAGUACUGUGCUGCAGAUGCAGCACCUCCUACACUGCAUGCAGCAGGAGCACGUUAGAAAAGACCUGCUGGCUGGACACAACCAGGCGCCACACAUUGCAGCCCAAAAGCUGCAUGGCCUUAAUCAGCUUGCUACCCUACUGGGGUUCAAGAGGGAUAACGGACUGAGUUUAGAGGAGCAGAUGGCGCAAGCGGCUCUGGCCUAUUUGGACCUGCUAGAGGGGAAGGAUGAGCCAGUGGCUGGAUCCACAUUUAAGCUUUUCAAAGAAGAGCUCACCAGGCUGUUGAAGUACAAGUACUUCAGUUCUGUUCCACGUCCACCCAACAAGUCUCAAGAGGAGUUACUCAGGCAGAACAGCACCCCAUCUAAGUUGAAACCAAAUGAAGUUUCUAAGGUGCUUGGUAAUGGACUGUACCAGAGUGAAGCAGAGACUGCUCCUACACAGAACUGGAAGGCAGACUUCCAAACAAGGGAGCGGGAGCCUCCGGACCGCUGGGAUAUGGAGUUUUUAGAUGGACCUGGCUCACUCCAAGCUGCAGGCCCCAAACCAUGGAAAGGAGCUGCCACUUUUAUCCCCAAGGUCCCAGUUGCCACCAAGAAACAACAUAUUGACGACAAUAAGAAAAAAGAAACUAGGGCCAAAAGCAAGCAACUUGCCAAAUCGGCUGUUCACAUGGGUAUGCCUGUGGAGGUGUUCAGCUCUAAAUGUGCCUUACCCAAAGACCCCGAACUGAGGAAGCGGCACCUUGAGGACUUCAUGACAAAGAUCCAUGGCUCCUUCAGUUUUAUGCAGGACUCUCUUCUGAAUGGUGAUCUCUCCCUUACUAACGACCAUCAAGGACUGAAGAGACUGCCGUCUGGGUCUCCAUUGCCUCUGGAUCACACGGAUUUGAGGAGCCCCGUUGCUAUCCUGCCCAAAUUAAUGCAUUCAACCCCACUGCCUAUCAGGCUUCUGGAGUGCAAAACCAGUCUGACAAAUGAGGAUCGGUGUCUGGAGAUCUUAGACCUGAAGCUUUCCUCAACAAACUUACCUAAUAUCCCAUUAACUGAGUCAAGGAAACAAACCACUUUGAAAAAUGAGGAUCGGUGUCUGGAGAUCUUAGACCUGAAGCUUUCCUCAACAAACUUACCUAAUAUCACACUAACUGAGUCAAGGAAGCAGACCAGUCUGACAAAUGAGGAACAGUGUCUGGAGAUCUGUGACCUGAAGGUUUCCUCAACAAACCGACCUCAUAUCACACUAACUGAGUCAAGGAAGCAGACCAGUCUGACAAAUGAGGAACAGUGUCUGGAGAUCUGUGACCUGAAGCUUUCCUCAACAAACCUACCUUGUAUCCCAUUAACUGAGUCAAGGAAGCAGUCGCCUUGUAAUGGGAUGGCAUCUUGCACUGCCACCUCCCCUCAUGGACAAACGUUCUCAACACCCCCCAGCAGGCGAACUCUGACAUCUGCCCAUUUUCCCAACAUCCAGCCUGUCUUCAAGGUGACUGCCUCCUUACCUCAGAAUGGGGCAUUGAACUACAAACCAGAUUCUGGCAUUUUUGAUACGCCCAGGUACAACUUUGCCAGUACCCAAACGCCACCAGAGUUUGCUCCCUCAGAAGACGAACCACAGCUAAUGUACCAGUCAGACUAUACGGUGGGUGAUGGUGGACCGAUCUUCCUGUCCCCUGGGCUGUCAAGUAGAUGUCAUCCCAGCGAGUCGUACUACACCAGAGGAUCUGUGAGAGGUAUGGCACUCUGCAAGGGACUGGCACAACCCUUUCGCUCUUCUUGUUGGCAUUGAGGAGAAUCCUACACCCCUCAGACGGAUCUCAGAGACUCUGUCCCUCUCCUCUAUGCUGCUAGAGACUCUGGAUAUCAACACAGCUACAGACGCGGAGGAGGGAGGCAUAACUCGAGUGCAGUCUGGAGUGACUCUUCACAGGUGAGCACACCAGACCGAGAGACAGCUUUUACAAUUGUGGACUCGGGUCAUGGGGAUUCCCUGUCUGUCUCCACUGUGGAGGUCCCUCUGACUCCCCAUGGCCACCAUCACACCCUGCUUCCCAUGCAACUCUACCCGCUCUCCCAGCCGCUUCGAGUGGCCUUCAAUGCCUCUCGCACUGCCAACUACGCCCCUGGAAACCUGGACCAGCCCAUCGUGUUUGACCAGUUGCACAGCAACCUUGGGGAGAUGUACGACCCCCACAUUGGCCGCUUUACCUGUCCCGCCAAUGGAACCUAUGUCUUCCUCUUCCACAUCCUGAAGCUCGCCAUCAACGUGCCCCUCUACAUUAACCUCAUGUGCAACGAAGAGGUCAUGGUCUCUGCGUAUGCCAACGAUGGAGCCCCAGAUCAUGAGACGGCUAGCAACCAUGCCAUCCUGCCUCUCUUCCAAGGAGACCAGGUGUGGAUCCGGUUGCAUCGUGGCGCCAUCUAUGGCAGCACCUGGAAGUAUAGUACUUUCUCUGGCUUUUUGCUGUACCAGGAUUGAACUUUAGUCAAGCAGGCUCCCGUCUUCAUUACUAAAUGUGAUUUAAACUGACAUUUCAGUCUUGUGGUUCUUGAUGUAAAGAAAAUGUA